CCACCAUAAUUCCUACUUAGGUUACUCACUCUUCAUAGACGCGUCUGAGAUUCACCAAGCUUCGAUAUUAGUCACUCCUAAUGAUUUGAUAGGGGAAGAAACUCCCUUAGGAAAUUCUCCAUGCAUCAUUUGGAUGGCUAUGCUAUACACCAUUAGAAUUGGUCAUGGAUUCAGAUGAUGAAUUCGACGAUGAUAUCGCCGAUGAGGAUCUAAUUAUCGCAGCCAGUCAAGCUCCAAGUCGUGCUCAGCCCGCCAAGGUGAAUCAAGAACGAUUCCAGCCCCACGUCCAAAAGACUCCAAUUCAGAGGAAUGCCGCCAAUCCAAGCCGGACGAAUUCACUGCAACGCUCAAAUUCCAAUAGACAAUCAUUCAUUGAUCUCGAGGACAUACCCAUAGAUGCAUUCUCGAGUCCUCCAGUAAAUGAAAGAAACAGCAUUCAAUCUCAAAGAGGCUCUCAGGCGGGUUUCCAACAGCAGCAUCGUGUCGGUGGCCCAAUCCCUGCCUAUCGACAGACUACGUUAUUUGGUCAAACUAUCCAGCAAGAUCCAGGCCCCGGAUCAUCUCAAACCAACAGGAAUCGAGCCUUCCGUGCAGACUUGCCACCUGAGCCCCCUACUCACCAUGAACUUGACAAAGAAGCCAUGAAAACAUGGGUUUAUCCCACCAAUUUAGGACCCACUCGAGAUUAUCAGUUUAGCAUCGUAAAGAAUGGUUUAUUCAACAAUACUCUCGUAGCUCUUCCCACGGGUCUAGGCAAGACGUUCAUCGCGGCUACUAUCAUGCUGAACUACUUCCGCUGGAUGAAAUCGGCUAAAAUCAUAUUUGUGGCUCCUACCAAACCCCUUGUAUCGCAACAAGUCGAUGCGUGCUUCAAUAUUGCCGGUAUCCCGAGAUCCCAAACAACCCUAUUAACAGGCGAUAUAUCACCGGGCCUUCGAGCAGAAGAGUGGGAGUGUAGAAGGGUUUUCUUCAUGACCCCCCAGACGCUAGAGAAUGAUUUAUCCUCGGGAUUUGCCGACCCUAAGUCAAUCGGAUUACUAGUAGUAGACGAAGCCCAUAGGGCAACAGGGCAUUAUUCCUAUGUGAAAGUUGUUAGCUUUCUAAGACGAUUCACUAGCAGUUUCCGCAUACUGGCUCUUACUGCGACCCCAGGGUCAAAGGUUGAGUCAGUGCAGGAAGUAAUCGACAGCUUGGGCAUCUCACAUGUGGAAAUACGCACCGAGGAGUCCAUCGACAUUCGCCAAUACGUUCAUCAGAGAGAUGAGGACAUCGUUUUGUUAGAUCCGUCGGAUGAGAUGAACCACAUAAAGGAGCUCUACUCAGCAGCAUUGAAACCACUUGUUGAUAAAUUAAGCCAGCAAAACAUUUACCAGGGCCGUGAUCCGAUGGGGCUCACCACAUUUGGUCUCCUACAAGCAAGAAAAGAUUGGAUGGCCCGUGCUGGGCAACAUGUUAACCAAGGAGUCAAGUUCAUGAUGAUGGCUGUUUUUUCCGUCUUAACAAGCUUGGCUCACGGGAUCAAGCUGCUAAAUUUCCACGGCAUCAAACCAUUCUACGAAAAUCUAGUCCAAUUCCGAGACGAAACAGAAGGAAAGGGAGAAAAGGGCUCCAAAUACAAGAAACAGAUCAUUGAAUCCCCCAGCUUCCAAGAAAUGAUGGAUAAAAUCGCCAGCUGGUCAAAGAAGGACAAUUUUAUUAGUCAUCCCAAACUCACAUACUUAUCCGAUACGGUACUAAAUCAUUUCAUGGAUGCAGGUGAAGGCACAGAGAGUGGUCCUACUAAUACCAGAAUCAUUGUCUUCAGCGAAUACCGUGAUAGUGCCGAAGAAAUUGUGAGGGUUCUCAACACCCACAAACCACUAAUCCGUGCGGCGGUGUUUGUGGGACAGGCAGACUCGAAAAGAUCAGGAGGUAUGAAACAGGCGGAACAAAUCGAACGAAUACAAAAGUUCAAGACGGGUGAAUUUAAUGUUCUCGUCGCCACCUCAAUCGGUGAGGAAGGUCUCGAUAUUGGCCAAGUCGACCUUAUCAUAUGCUAUGAUGCAUCCGCAUCACCAAUCCGAAUGCUUCAAAGGAUGGGACGAACAGGAAGAAAGCGGGCGGGGCGCGUUGUUCUAUUGCUAAUGAGGGGAAAAGAAGAGGAUAAUUACGCAAAAUCCAAGGACGGCUACGAAAAGAUGCAACACAUGAUAUGCGAUGGAAGUCGGUUCAACUUCCGCCAUGACCUCUCUGCGAGGAUAGUUCCGAGGGAUAUCAGACCCGAAGUCGAUAUGAGAGCCGUAGAAAUUCCCGUAGAAAACACCCAAGCCCAUGGCCUUCCGGAGCCCAAGAAAGGGAGGGCUAAAAAGAAGAAACCACCCAAGAAAUUCCAUAUGCCUGACGGCGUAGAAACAGGCUUUGCCAGCGUCGCCUCGCUACUUGGCAAAAAGUCAGCUCCUGCAAAACAAAAAGAAGUGCGCAAACCUGUCGAGGAAGACGAGGUAGUUGACGUCCCAGCACUUAAACGGGUACUACUCACCGAUAGCCAAACCGAGGAACUCAAUAAGAUAUACAAACACCUCCCUUAUUAUCACCGAGACUCAACAGAAGACAUUGGACAGGUAGAUUUGACCGCGCACCCCGCCGCGCAGAGAAAGUUGCGGAAGACAGUACAUCUUAAGCACGGAGAUUACACAAAAAGAUCUGUGAAAUUGUUCAAGUCGUUAGCGAAAGCAUCGUCAGCCCUAGAUCCUUUUGAGAAACCAUACCCAGAAUCAGAUGCAAACCGUUAUCGUCGACUUCCAAUACCAAAAUACGGUCCUGACACAGAUGGAGAAGUUGUAGAUUCAGAACCAGCACGCAAGAAGCGAAAGGUGGCAGCGCCAAUUUCGGAUGACGAUGACGAUGAAAUUGUAGAGCUAUCAGCUCCUCCGUCUCAUCUCCUAAUGUCCAAAAAGGCCCCCAAGACUACGAAGCAGACUACGAAGCCCAAGGAAAAAGUUCGACGUAGAGCUAUCGAAGCCGAUGACGAUGACAUGAUAGAUAUGGGAGAACGCCUCCCCACCCCUCACAAACGCACCACUAAUACAAAGCCAAAAACCUCAGCACCGCGACGCUCGCGCGGCCGACCCAAGAAGCAGCAAAAGACGCAGAACACAGCGGCAGGCUACUAUGACGAGAGCGCUGAUGAGGGCGACGACUGCCGACGCACGAGCGAUCUGGAAUUGACGGACGACUCAGAUAGCGGCGCCGACUUGGAAGGCUUUGUCGUCGGCGAUGAUGUUGCCACAUCAAGUAACGCAAUACCGACUUCAUCUCUCCCUAGGAGAGAGCGGCGAUCCUCGGUCACUUCACCACUUAGUUCUUCUAUCGCCGGCAAUCAUAGUCGUCCCGCCAAACCGCAGCCGAAGAAACCGUUGUAUUACGAGCCAACACGCUUCGAUGCAACCCAGGACAGUCUCGACGACGACGACGCAAUCCCCUCCAUGAGCCAACUAGUCAAGAGCAAACGAGCUUCCGACAGGGCCGCUGCCGCUGCCGCCGUCGUUCUCGAUGAUUCAGAUGACGAUACAGAUGUCCCCGUAUGGAGAGUCUCCCGUAAUAAAGAAAAGGCGAAUAAAAUUCGAGCUAUGCUUCACGAUUUUGACGACGACGACGACGACGACGACGAGAUCAUUGAGGAAAGUGAUGGGUACUAAUUAACGGAUCAUGGAUAUCGGAGUUACUCUGUUCUUGUUUUUUGCUAUUCUGGCUAGGAAAGUAAUGGCCUGCUCACUUGCCUGUAUACCUAAAAGCUUGUCUACGUACGUACGUACCUACAUCAAUCAACCUAAGAUAUUACCUAUAAUGAAAUGGAAAUUGAUCCUA